GUGAGGUAUGUCGGGGGGAAGAGCUGCUGGCGUCCAAGGUGAUGGGGUGGGAUGAAUGGGACAGCAGAGAGAGCCACAGGGAUUAGCGUCCCUCACGUGUCGCCCUCGAUCAUUCCCCCCCAUUGUAACCAGAACAAUAAGGGUAUGGUGCAGGCAGCUUAAAAAGGAUAGACGGAGCCAAGGACAGCCUUGGCGGCUGUGGGGAAGCGGCGGAUCGGGGCAAAAGAGGUCCUGCCCACUCUGGCUAACAGGUGCGGUGCUUUUAGGAGGGCAUAUUUCCUGGGGGCUCCUUGAUGCUGUUCAAUUUGGCAGGUGGGGGCACACUAAGUGGUGUGACCGCCCUUUUGCUACUAAUCAUCUCCACGGCGACGGACUAUUGGAUGCAAUACCGUUACACUGGCAGCCCAGCAAAUCAGGGGCUGUGGAGGUUCUGCAUCAAUUACAAGUGCCAUGUCCACACCAUCACUAUCGGCUUCUGGGAUGCGACGCGAACCUUCAUGCUGCUGUCGAUUCUGAGCUGCUUCGCUGGCGUGAUCAUGGGUCUAAGCGCCUUCUCCAACGGAACCAAGAACAAGCUAAUGAGAUCCGGUGGGAUAGCUUUGCUGCUAUCCAGUUUUCUUACCCUGUUUGCCCUGGCGAUUUACACUGGGGUGACGGUUCAGUUCUUCGGAAAGCGCUACAUUGACUGGAGUUUUUCCUGGUCCUACAUCUUGGGCUGGAUAGCAGUCGUCUUGACACUCGCGGGAGGUGUGAUCCAGAUUUACACCUAUCAGAAGAAAACUGCUGAAUCAUCUACUCCCAAUAUCCAAGACAGUGGGUUACAGUAAAAAUAUAAAAAAUAAACCACAACUUGCUUUGGAACCUGCAGAGAGAAACUCUACUUCUGCUCAAAUAUAACAGGAUUAUCAACACUGUUAAAUGUCAGUUUUCUGGACACCUGUCUCCCUGUCUUUCUCAUUAUCAAGUAGGUCCAAUGCUCUUAAGUAGAGCUUAGGAGCAUGAACAGAAAACAUGAAACGAUAUUAAGUCCAGACCUCUUGUAUCGGCCGUGUCCUCUGUAUCCUCUGCUGCUUACAGAUUAUGUGCAGACAUCACAUAUCUUUGUGUAACAUGUAGAAGCCUUUAACAGUUUAUCUUAGGUUCUUAGUUAUCUUGUAUUAGUUUUCUAAUGCUUUACAUAUAAUAAAAUGCAGGCAAAGAUGCAGAAUCUCCAUGUCAUGCAACGUGUGACCACCACAAAAAGACUAAUGUGAGGAUUGACAGAGGACGAUCAAAAACGUACAGAAGAGAAAAAAGGUUUUUUUCAUGGAUAAAUUUAGCCAGGAGUUCUAAUGGUUAAACAUUUGUUUUGAAAUUGAGACCCUCCAUAUGCUGGAUACUAUACAUAUAACAAUAAAACAGUUUGAAAUGUU